AUGUCAGUCAACACAACAGACCAAUUAGUUUUAUUUAAACGUCUUUUUAUUAUAUUUGGGUCAAUAUGUUUUCUUUGGUUGAUUAUUGGAUUUAUAUUUUUAUCUAUUCAAACAUAUCGACAUAUUAAAAAAAAGAUACAUUUAAAAUAUUUUUAUUAUAAUUAUUUAUUAAAAUUACCAUCAUCAUUAUUGAUACCUAUUGAAAAAGUAUUAAAAGAAGAUAAUAUAUCUGAUAAUGAUGAAAAUGAUGAUGAACCAACAGGUAUUUAUGCAUCAGUUUCAUUGAUAUCGAAACGAUCGGAAAUUUUUCAUGAACAAACAAAUUUUAUUUCGACAUGUCAACGAACAUCUGAAGAACAAUAUGAAUUAACAUUUUCGAAUUCAACCAAAAUUUCUAAUCUACCUUAUAAUCAAUCAACAUUAACCUCAUCGAGUAAUCUUAGUACAUCAUUUUUUUAUUAUCCUACAUGUCAAAAUUUUUCUUAUUGUCAAUCAACAUUAUCUUCAUCACAAACAAACUUUCAUCAAAACACUCGACGAUCUUCAUUAAUCAUUCCAUUAAAUAAUUCUUCAUCGUCAAUUGAUGAAUUUAAUUUAAAACGUCAAUUAUCUCAAACUUCAACAAAUACAAACUUAAGUCAAAUGACAAAUACAACAUAUUUAUCAUCACAAUCAUCAAUAAAAACAAUACAAUUACCAACAGUUAUGGUUACAGAUGUUGAUCGUUUACAUACAGAUAUAAUUGAACUUGAAAAUUUCGAACCGGAAAAUGAUUUAUAUAAUAUAAACUCUCAAUUAAAAUAUUUACUUAAUGAUCGAAUACCACAAGAAAUCAAAUGA